CCAGAUUGGGAAGGGCGGUACAUGGAUGGGACUUGGCGUUGAUGUUUGGAACAUCAAAGACAGACAGGGUUUUCACAGUGAUUGCUCUUCAAAUAUCUUCGCAAUCACGGGUCGGGGAUCUUCCAAAAUCAAGAAGAUUGGCGCAUAGGGCUAGGUCUCUUCAUCUUACAAUUUGUAUGGCAAUUGGACCCGGGGUUGUGUCCCACACUUUGGUUCACGUUUGGCUGGAUAACUCCACCACCACACGGGGUAUGCAGUCGGCGAUGGGGUCAAAAUGCUCGUAUGAUCGAGGGCUAUUCGAUGGAUCUAUCGGCGGGUUCUUAUUCGAAAGAUUGAGCGAGUUCGUGGUGGGGCGGUUG